AAUAACUCUAUAUAUUGAUUUACUAUAUUUCAACGCGUCAAAAUGCCACAAAUUCGCAAAAAAGAUCCAUUACAAAUAGCCCAAAUAGAGGGAAAGAUUGAAUUAGCUAUUUCCGACUUGAAAAAUGGAAAAAUUCGCAGUAUUCGUGAAGCUGCACGAAUCUAUACAAUCCCUCGUACAACUCUUCAGGAUCGAUUAAAGGGAAGACAAUAUCGACAGCUAAUACGCGCCAACAACCAUAAAUUAGCUCAAUUUGAGGAGGAAUCGCUUGUCAAAUGGGUGCUCGAUUUAGAUCGACGUGGAUUACCCCCCCGGCACUCUCUCGUACGAGAAAUGGCCAAUUAUCUUCUCUCACAAUCUGGAGAUCAACGGGUUGGAGAAAAAUGGGUAUAUAAUCUUGUUAAACGUCGCCCAGAGAUCAGUUCGAAGUUCUCACGAAGAUACAAUUAUGAACGUGCGAAAUGUGAAGAUCCGAAGAUUAUUCAAGAAUAUUUUGACCGCGUACAAACUACUAUAUCUACGUACGGAAUCCUACCAGAAGAUAUCUACAAUUUUGAUGAGACUGGCUUUGCUAUGGGACUCUGCGCAACUGCAAAGGUUAUUACUGGAAGCGAUCGAUACACUCGGCCAAAGCUUUUACAACCUGGAAAUUGAGAAUGGGUGACUGCAAUUGAAGCAACAAAUUCAACUGGAUGGGCCCUGCCUUCGUACAUUAUCUUCAAAGCCAAAAAAAUGUACGAUUAGGCUGGUUUGAUGAGCUCCCAGAUGAUUGGAGAAUCAAUAUUAGUGAAAAUGGCUGGACUACAGAUCAAAUAGGAUUAGAAUGGCUUAAAACCCAUUUUAUUCCUCUUGUUCGUGCUCAUACAUUGGGAACAUAUGCUAUGUUGAUUCUUGAUGGCCAUGGAAGCCAUUUAACACCAGAAUUUGACCGUACAUGUACUGAGAAUAGUAUUAUUCCAGUCUGUAUGCCAGCUCAUUCUUCACAUCUCGUACAGCCUCUUGAUGUUGGCUGUUUUGCUGUUUUAAAACGGCAUUAUGGGCAGCUUGUUGAGCAGCGAAUGAGGCUUGGCUUCAACCAUAUUGACAAAAUUGACUUUUUAACAGCAUUUCCACAGGCUCGUACGAUGGCCUAUAAAGCUCAAACUAUCCGGAAUAGCUUCACAGCCACUGGAUUAGUGCCUUUCAAUCCGGAUCGAGUUAUUCAACAACUUAAUAUUCAAUUGAAAACGCCAA